GCUCGGUGGCUCAUAGGGGAAGAUGGCGGCUGCUCUUUUGGAGGAGUGGGAUUGAGAGGGGAGGGAGGAGGCCAGACAGGAGAGACACUCGUGACUGUGAAGACGAACAUUUCGCUCGCUAGUCAUUGGGAGCUCUGCUCAGCGCCACAGGUGUCCUAGAAGGAAAACAUCACCAUGGCUACAGAAAUUGGUUCUCCUCCUCGUUUUUUCCAUAUGCCAAGGUUCCAACACCAGGCACCUCGACAACUAUUUUAUAAGCGACCUGAUUUUGCACAGCAGCAAGCAAUGCAACAGCUUACCUUUGAUGGCAAACGAAUGAGAAAAGCAGUAAACCGAAAAACCAUAGACUAUAAUCCAUCUGUAAUUAAGUAUUUGGAGAAUAGAAUAUGGCAAAGAGACCAGAGAGAUAUGCGGGCAAUUCAGCCUGAUGCAGGUUAUUAUAAUGAUCUGGUUCCACCUAUUGGGAUGUUGAAUAAUCCUAUGAAUGCAGUAACAACAAAGUUUGUUCGAACAUCAACAAAUAAAGUAAAGUGUCCAGUAUUUGUUGUUAGGUGGACUCCAGAAGGAAGACGGUUAGUCACUGGAGCCUCUAGUGGAGAGUUCACCUUGUGGAAUGGACUCACUUUCAAUUUUGAAACAAUAUUACAGGCUCACGAUAGCCCAGUGAGAGCCAUGACUUGGUCACAUAAUGACAUGUGGAUGUUGACAGCGGACCACGGAGGAUAUGUGAAAUAUUGGCAGUCGAACAUGAACAACGUCAAGAUGUUCCAGGCACAUAAGGAGGCGAUUAGAGAGGCCAGUUUCUCACCCACGGAUAAUAAAUUUGCUACAUGCUCUGAUGACGGCACUGUUAGAAUCUGGGACUUUCUUCGUUGCCAUGAGGAAAGAAUUCUCCGAGCCCUGGCUUUAUUAGCAGCACCAUUUCCUAACCAACCAAGCUGAAGACCACAUGCAACAUUUUAAGAUGCAUUCUUUUCAUCAGUCAUGCAUGACGACAAGUAUAUUCUGUGUAUCACGUGGAAGUGAGAUUUGGAGAGAACUGUAAUGUCUGGAUUCACACAUUCCUACCAUGUGCCACAUGGAAGGCUGAGAUCUAUUAUGAUGCAUCAGUGUUGGGGGCAUGGAGGGGUGGAAAGGUAAGGAAAGAAUUGGGUAGGAUUAAUGUUGAAGAUGUUUUCUUGAGAAUUUUCUGCCUUUUACAAGGGUAAUAAACACUCAUAAAAAGUUCAAACACUUAGAAGUAACAAGUCAGUGUCUUGCCCUCCCUGUUUCCAAUCUCACAUUCAGAGGUCAUCACUGUUCCAUUAAUAGUUUGGUGUGAAUGUUUCUACAACUCUUACGCGUAUACAAAAAGAAAUUUUUUUUAAAAACCUACUGAAAUGGGAUUAUACUACAUAUAUUCUUCUGCUGUUUGCUUUUCUCACAACACAGUAUAUCAUGAUCAUUCUUCCGUGUCAUUACUAUUCCAGUCUUUUUAAAGUAACUGCUCUAUAACAUUACAUAGCAUGUAUCUACCAUAGCUUAUUUUACCAUUCUCAAUGACAGACAUUUAGGAUCUGCAAGAAGUUUUACAAAGACAAAGUUGUUCACUAAGCUUUAUUGUACCUUUAUAUUUGUUCCCACUUAAGUAAAUUUUCCUUUAGGAUAGAAUCCUAGCAGUAAACUUGAUGGAUCAGAGCAUGACCAUUCAAACUUUUGGAAGCUACUUCUGAGUUGUCCUCACCAUCCUGGAGUCAUUAACGAUAAACUUUAAGAAUGUUGUGAUCCAGCCAGAAAUUCUAGAGAUACUGUAGGCUUAACAUUUGAGGAAAUUUCCACCAUUUAAAAAUGUAAGCUUAUUUUUUAAAAUUUAUAAAGAACAUGCACAUAUGGUAAAAUAUUUUCUCCAGCACCAUAGAGGGAUGGAAUGUGGAUAAUCCUUUUAAGCUCAUUUGUUAUUGCCCGUGGUUACCAUCAGAAUUUAAAAUAUUUCUUGGUAUACCUACCUGACACAGUGUCUCUUUACUACCUAUCAUGAAAGGUGAAGAGUUUCAAGUAAUUACACCACCAGCCUUGCCUUCUACCUUCUGGGCUUUGUUAUGAAUUGUAGUCGUUUUGAUAGUUUCCCAUAUAGCUUUAAAUGUUCUUAGUUCUUUAUUUUUGGGGGCCACCAACUUUAGGCAGUGUUCCUUGACUCACUGUUACGUUACCUAAGGAAAUCUAUGCCCCUCAAUAUCUUUUCUACUUUUCUCCCUUUUAUCUCUCCAAGGAUUUUUAACCAAGGUUUCAGUUCUAAAAAAAAAAAAAAUGAAACCAAUAAGUAGAAUUUUGAAUAUGAAUGAGCCUUUUGACCUCAGAAACAAGUAGUAUAAGCAGGUUUAUAAUAAACUCUGUGGCAGUUAAAAGUUGUCCUACUUGAAGAUUAUCAAGAUCAAGUGAGACUCUGUUUUCUUAAAUCGAUUGUCCUAUAAACUGUUGAAAGUAAUGCCAUAAUUAAGUUUGCUUUAGUUUUUCUUAUAAUUUGUAAUUACUUUCCCUUCUUUCUUAAUGGCACUAAAAGCCUUUAUCGUAGCAAGUUUUUAAGUUUUAAUUUUGCAAUUAUAGUAAAUGCAUUUUAUUUUUAUUUUUGAAGAUAUCCUUCACCUGGUUCUCUGACUUCCUGCUCUAAUUUGGACUGAUUGUCUUCUGUGCCUGUGACCGCAGUCAUACUGGGAUUUCUUUGCCUUCCCCUGUUAAGUCCACUCUGUUUUGUUUUUGUUUUUCAAUUUAGGUAAAAAUAUACUCCCCCCCCUCCCCCCCUCCCGAAACAGUGCUUGAGAGGUAAAUUUCAAAAUUCUGACGUCUGGAGAGGUCUAUAAUUUGCCAUCAUCCUUGACUCAUAGUUUGGGUUUCAGAUUCUAGGUGUGGAAUUCUUUUCCCUCAGGAUUUUGAAGGCUUCCACUAUCUUCUGUCAGUUCUGCUGAUGAGAAGUCACAUGCUAUUCCAGUUCUCAUUAUUUUGUUUGUACCCUAGUUUUCCCUUCUGCAUGUUUUUUAAAUGAUCUCUUUUUUUCUGUGGACUUACUAUUUUUACUGUGAGUAUAGGUAUAAGAUUUUAAACUUCAUCUUCAUUGGCUCACUUUGAUCUACAAUCUCAAAUCUUUAUUCUAGUCAAAGGGUUUUUCUUUGAUUAUCAUUUCGUACUGUCUCUGCUUGUAUUAUGGAACUUGAUAUACGAAUGUUGGACCUCUUGGAGCUAUCUACCGUGUAUUACCUCUUUCAUAUUUUCUGUUUCCAUCUUUUGCUCCAAGUAUUGGGAGAUUUCUUCUAUUUUAUCUUCCAGAAUAUGAUCUUCAGUCAUGCCCAAUCUGUUAUUCAGCCCUUCUGAUGAAAUUUUUAUUUUAUCCACUGCCGUGUUUAAUUUCCAGGACCCCCUAGUGGUUCUCUGUUCUUUUCACUUUUCAUGGUGGCCUGUUUUGUUGUUUGUUUUUUUGAAAUGCACAUACCCUUUAAAACUUUUAACAUAGUAAUCGAGGUGUGUGUGUAUGAGUGUAUAUGUGUGUUUGGUUUGGUUGAGUCUGUUCCUAUUUGUUUUCCCUAGAAUCACUUAAUCUGUUUCUUUUUCCUGGUCUUUCUCUUCCCUCCUGUUUGAUUUUUCUCAAAUGUCCAGUGAUCCUUGGCCAAAUAUUUGAAUGAAGAUUUGUGUUGGUUAGUAUAAGUAGCUGUUUUUCAUUUCUUUUGCAGUUGAGUAAGUCCACUGGCCCAAAGGACUCUCUGCUCAAUAAUAGACCUCGCUGUGGACUCUGUGUGCGUGUGCGUGUGUGUAUGCGUGUGCGCGUGUGUAGUGAGCUGUGUGGGGAAGGACAGUCUUGGAGUAAACGGGCACCUGCCACAAUUGCCAAAGUAAGAAAGUAAGUGUGUUGUAUUCUGAGAUGCAGUGCUCAGUUUAUUUCACCCUUGGGUGGAUGGAACUACCCUCCUUUCUCCCCUUUCCCCCUCUCCUUUCCUCCUCCUCUCCUGUCUCAUCUCCCCUCCUCUUUCCUUCUUUCUCUGCUCUCCCUUCUCCUUUCCUUCCUCCAGGGUCAUAGUGUGGCAUUGGCACAAGCUUUGUGCUGCUUUUCCCUCCAGCCUUAAGUCCUGUUUGGGGAUUUCUUCCCAGACUUACUAUUGCUUUGUUUUAGAAAGCCGUUGUCUGGCUUUAGCUGAGUGCAGCUGUUCUAUAUAAAUGGGAAGGCAGGAGGAGGGGCCUGGACAAGUUGCUCUGUGGAGAGUUCUGUAAUUACCCUCAUUACAGCAUCACAGCCUUUGUCACUGAGCUGUCCAGGAGCCUAGAGUCUUUUUAAGGCCCCAGCAGCCCUUUGUGUAUUUUGUGUUUUAUUUCUGUGCUAUGGUUUAUUCAUCACUGAGCCCAUCUAAUUUUGGAGAAUUGCCCACAUUUAGGUUGAAGUUUUUUGAAAUUUUCGUAAUGUUUGUGGUCAGCGAGAGUCGUGGGAAAUAAGUGCAUCCACUGUAAAUCUUUCAGAGUAAUUUAGGAAGGGGCUUGCAUACAUAAUUUAACUUAGUAGUAAAAUCAUGAUUUAUUCCAAGACUCAAUUCCUUCUUCACAUUAGUGACCUUGAGACAGUUUCCCUUACCUCUCUCCUGGUAUUCUUCCUACUUCUGUCAUUUCUCCAUUUCUUAAGAAAUAUUAUACAUUUAAAUUUUUAAUCAUGUAUUUCUAGUUUAAGGUAAUCCAUGGCAUUUAGGGGAAUUUAGAGUAAGUGAUCAAUUAAAAUAACUGAAAGACACUUGAGUUAAACCUAAUAUUUUUCCUGUAGGUUUCUUUUUUCCUAGAAAUGUGUUAAUAAAAAUAGAAAAAAAUGUAGAGAGAAUUUUCAAAUAUUUACUUAAUAAAUAUUUUUAAAAAGUGAUUGGUUUUAUCUCAGUAUUGGAGACUGCCAUUUAGUCUAGCGGAAUUAACAGUAUUAUAUGUCAUCAGAAGUAUUACCUGUCUUUCUUAGUUACUUAAAACACAGUCAAAAUAAUAUAAUAAAGGCAGUGAUGGCCCCCAUUGUAGGUUUUCCAGUUCUCAGAGAGAAAUGGCGUUAGAUCAAGUCUAAUACUUAGGUUGGAUGUUGGUAAUUAGAACUCUGUGUUCUUUUUACCUUGGGUCACUUGAAGACUGAAAUUUAGCGAAGUCUUAAGAAGUCUCACUUGUGGGACGUACUUUCAAAUCGAGCCAUUUUCUGCUAUCCCAUACUCUGUUCAUGGUAAUGACAGCUCUUGCUCUUAGCUCUACAUGGAAAUCUCUGUCCUUAUGGUGAGCUUUUUCAGGGCAGAGAUUGGAUCAAAACAAGAGUUCUUAAAAUUUGACUAUUCAAAAUGUGUGCUAGGCAUGAUGAUAAGUGCUUCAUACCUUUCAUUUAAUUCCUGAAACAAUCCAAUGAUUGAGUAGUCCAUUUUACACAUGGAAAUAUAAAGGCUUAGCAAGUGUUAAGUAAAUUAUAUAAGAUGGUAAAUGACAUUUGAGGUUUAAACAGAUCAAGUUCACUUCAAAUCUUUUUACUAAUAACCAUUGUAUAGCACAUGAGCACUAAACAUAGUACCUACAUGAAUUAAAUUAUAUUUAACAUAUCCUUUCCUUGAUUCCAAAUAAAACUGUUCUGACACUGUACCUGUGCGCCUGUUGGACAAAGCUCACUUUGUCUCGUGGUUAUUUCUUCCAGAGGGAGGGAGUAUAUGGUAGAUUGUAGGUGGAGAUGAGAAUUUUUGUGAUUCACGACGCUGCUCAGAGAGGAGGGCAAACUAAAACACUGAUCUGUUUUUCCUAAGAACACAAUUUUGGUUUUUUGGUUUUUUGCCUCUGGGCUUUUCAUCAUACAUUCAUUCAUUCAUUCAACAAAGUACAAGAAGAUGGCAGAUUUUAAAACACCUCCACGAGGGAAUAAUGGUAUUUUUUAUAAUAUGUUAAGUUUAAUUUGAGCUGGUUUGGAUUUUCACAUUUCCUAAUCAGUAUUACUUGGUUUCCACAUUUCUGGAACGGUCAAACAUUUUUCUUCUUUCUGAGAUUUAUGGGCAGAAUUUUGAAAAUUUAUUAUACGUCUUCAUUUCAUUUAUAAUGAGGCUUCGGCUGGAUUCAGAAUUCUAGAUUCAAAGUUUCUCCUCCACGUUAGCACUAUCAAGAUUUUGUUCCUCUGUCUUCUUGCUGCCAGUGUUUUGAUGAGUAUUAUGGUGGUUGUGGAAUGGCCCUCAGUUGGGUUUUAGCUGAUAUUUUUCUCAUGAUUGGUUUUGGUUUUAUGGGAUUUGGGGAGGUAGAUCACAGAGGUGAAGUGCCAUUUUUAUCACAUCAGAGCAAGAGGGUGUAUGAUAGCAUCAACAUGACUUGAUGUUGACUUUGGUCAACAGGUUGAAGCAGUGUUUGUCAGAGUUCUCCAGUGUAAGGCUACUCUUUCUCCCCCUCUCCAUAUAGUUCUCUUUGAAAGGAAGUCGUGAAGCACAGCCCACACCAGAGGGGUUGGGAAUUAUGCUCCACAUCCUUGAGGGUGAACCUAAGUUAUUUGGAAUUUUCACGUAUGAGAAAUUCAGCUCUUCUCCCCCUUUUAUUGAUUAUUUAUUUAUAUCAGUAUGGGCUAAUGAAUAUUUUAUUGGAAUAUGUUUUCACUAUGAUGGAAACUAGAUAAUAGGACCAGCUCCCAGUUGAGGUUUUCUCCAUUAUCUUAUUUCUGCUUUGAAACAGAAAUGAAGAUCAUUAUCAAGAUCCAAUUGGAGUGUAAUGCCAUAUCAGAAUAUUCAUUUGUAGGAAAAGUUUUAGUUAUAGGUAGAAAUCACACAAUGUGCUGGGAAUCAUGUGAUAUAUACUUACCCCCAGCAGUGUUUAGGGGUUCACAUAACCCUUUUGUUCUGGUACAGGUAAAUUUCUAUAAUCUUGCCAUUGUUACCUUCCUUUCUUCCAAGAGGUGAAUAGUAGCAGAUGGAGAGGAUUAUAUAGGGAACCACAUUUACCAAGAGUGUGCAGAUAUACCCAAGAAUAGUCUGGCAAAACUCAGAGAUUCAAAGUACAGUUGAUGCUCUGCAUGGCCAUGAUUGCCAUGGGGUUAAUUAAUUCUACUUUGACCAAGAUUAUGUGUUGCUUCUAUGUAUCUAAACUUCAAUGUAAAAAAACAGUCUCCUUAAGAUGGCCAACUGGGUGAACCAUAUUUUUUACCUUGUUUUCAGAAGGAAGGCUUACUCUAGAAGUACCCUAAAGUAUCAUUAUAAAUGGUUUUGCUUUUUCUUUAUUAGGAGUUUCAAUCAUGACUUCUGUUCAUUCUUGGCCAAGGUACCUGCUGGCACUAAUAACUUUAUUAUUAAUGUCGCAUAGGUACUGACCUUUCUGGUAGUCCUGCUCAUUCAUGUUUUUUGCGGUACGCGGGCCUCUCACUGCUGUGGCCUCUCCCGUUGCGGAGCACAGGCUCCGGAUGCGCAGGCUCAGCGGCCAUGGC